GAAUUAUACGCAGAAGGCACCUUCUCUGAUGUUACAAUCCACACUAAUGAUACCGUAUUGCAUUGCCAUCGAUUCAUCCUGGCUGCUUUUAGCGAUUACUUUCGUGCUAUGUUUACAAAUGGCAUGGCAGAAUCACAACAACGCAAGAUUGAGCUAAGACAUGUUGAUGGUAAAACCAUGACUAGCAUUAUCGAUUAUUUCUACGGUGGAAGUCUAAAAAUUACCAGUGAAAACGUACAAAAUAUCGCCAUCACAUCAUCUAUGUUCAACGUAUCCGAAAUCGUCGAUUACUGCUGUACAUUCCUGGCCGAUAGUUUAAGCUACACCAAUUGCGUGCAAAUAUUAAUCUUUGCUGAGCUAUAUAACUUUCAUCCAUUAACCCAAAUUGCAAAUAAUUACAUUUUGGACUAUUUUGAGAAAUGCACCGGCUAUGAUACCUUUUAUGAGAUACCUUACCCUUUGCUUAAUAAAAUUUUACCUUCAGAACGAUUAGCUGUUAAAAAUGAACUGACAGUGCUGAAUACAUUGAAGAAAUGGGUCGAACUGGAUCCAUCCAUUAGGAAAGAUCAUCUGGUUGGUUUGCUUAGCCAUGUACGCCUAGCAAUGAUCCCAGUCGAGCAAUUAAUUGAUUUCGAAGAGAAAGAAACAUUGUUAAAAGAAAGCCUACCCUGUUUUCAAAUGCUUCUGGAAGCGAAAAAUUUCCAUUAUUUACCC